AUGAACCAUGAAGAAGAUAAGAGAAAUCUCUCGCUCGGCCAGUUUGGCAAGAAGAAUGUGCAGACCAAAGGUGUUGGAGAACACUCGCAUGUCAGAUGUCCGAUAACUCGUUCCAGUGCUCAGAAGAAGCGAUUUUCUCAGAAGAAUGCUAUGGAGCGAAACGGAGAUGCUAAUGGGAAGAGGAAGGUUAAAUAUCCAGAUGACAUCGAUUCUGAUUUCGGAGUUGAACAAUGUGUUCCUGUGGAUGAAGAAGAAAGUGAGGAUAGCUCUGAGGCUAACAAAUCAGUACUGAGGAGGUCCAAGGGCAACACACAUAGGCAUAAAUCGAGUUGUUCCGAGUUUGAAGAUGAAGAUGCCAGGAAUAAACACCAAAGAGAACACAAGGAUUGGGAAUUGCUUUUUCCAAACUCAAGAGCAUUGGUCGUGAAGAUAAUCAACAGCAUUGAUAACAGUCGUUCUACCACACCUAUUGCUGACAUUAAGCGUUUGUUAUCCAACGAUCAAUUGGAGGUGUUUAGAAAUUCUGCUUUUGGUAAAUUUAUAGACCUACCUCAUUAUAAGAUUCAGAAUCAACUUGUCAAUUUGAUUUCAUUACGAGAAGUACACCAACCGAGGUUGGAUGAAAUGUGGUUUGACUUUGGUGGGAAGAUCAUGAGAUUUGGGGUUGAGGAGUUCGCUGUGAUAAGUGGUCUAAAUUGUAAUGGCUUAUGUAAAAAGCUUUGUUAUCCCCCCGUCUCUGAUGGUCUUUUUGACAGAUAUUUCACCAAUGUUGGCUUGAACCGUCAAUCUAUUAAAUGUCUAUCUCUUAAUAGAGCGUGGAUAAAUGACCAUGAUGGAGUGAAACUGGCCAAGCUUCACUUGCUCGCGAAUUUUCUCAUGGGUGCUCAGAAUAAUCUUUUGUUUGAUAGGUGUUUCUUAGAUAUUCUUGAUAGCCAAGAUUGUGAUAACUAUCCGUGGGGUAAAGAGGUGUACGACUACACCCUUGAUUAUCUAAAGAUGUCGUCUCGUAACAAGGAGUCUUUGCUUCAGAAAUUAGAUGGCACUGAAAAAAGAGUAUAUCUUUAUAGGAUACGUGGGUUUAUUCUAUCGCUUCAGGUGUGGUUUUAUGAGGUGUGUGAUAGCACAGAUGGAGUCAUAUGUACCCGUAUUUCAGUUCCUAAUGUGCCCUGGAUGUUAAAUUGGGAGGCACACAUGAGAUGUGGUAGACGACUCAUCCAGAGGGUUUUCUUGACCUUGCCAUCAGAUAAGUUCAAAAAUAUAACUCCCACCGAAUCGGAGAAGACGAUCCUUCAGCUGGACGGUUUUUUUGUCGAAAGGAACGAGUUCAUCCGUAAUGAAUCUCAAAGUACUCCUACAUUCUCUGUUCCCGGUGCAACUGAGUCUCCUUUUAUAGGACGUUUAAACGAGUUGUCUUCAAACCAAGUGAAGAUUAUGAAUGAUUUGGAUGAUUUGAAGAAGUUGUUUACUGACUUUUCGACUAAAGUGAUGCAUGAGAUACUCAGUCUUAAAGAAACAAUGCUGCAUGAAGAAAGUGGUAAACAACAAGAUCUCCCCCAUGAUGUGGAUAACCAAGAUAUUUCUCGAACGGGAUUAAAUGAUGGAGAAGGUGCUAAGCCCAACGAUGUUCCAGAAAGUAGUCGUCAUCAAGAAAACGUUGGGAUCCACAAGGAAGUUGAUGCUGAAGAUUUUGUACAAGGGAAUGGUGAACAUAAUGUAGAUUUCGAUGUUGAUGGUUUCCCUGUUUUGACCCCGCAAAUGAUGGAUGAGAUUGAUAGGACGACCGAGGAAAAAUUAAAAAGCAUGCUAACUGCCAACAAAAAUGACACUCCUGGUGUUAUUGGAGGUCUUGAUAUUGGUAUACAGGGUAACCAAAAUGUGGAUGAUCUUGUGUCGGUGGUCGACAUCCCAUUUAAGAAAAUCAAACGUGUAAAAAAAAGACAAGUUAUUUGUAAGUCAUGCCCUUUUGACACUGAUUUUUGGGACACGAUGCGGUUCGUGUACUAUGACAAGAAGAACACAACCUUAAGCCCCCCAUUUGAUUUUAAUGUUGACGUGGUUUCGGAUAAGAAUUGGUUCUUCACCUUGUAUGAAUCCAAUUGUUUCCUUGAUGGUAGUCAUAUUGAUGUUUUGUUCUACUACAUCCGAAAGAUUGGAUUGUAUGCUCUUGAACCACCUUCUCAGAAAUUUACUACCACUGAUAAUUUUUUCGACCAGCAGAUGAAAUCACUAUAUUCUUUAUACAUUGUUAACUCAUGUGACCCCCGGAUUUGUACGAUCGAUAGUGUCAUUGUCGACUACAUGUUUGGAUUCAAAAUUCUGUGCGGGGAGUCAUGGUUUGAUGUUGAUUACGUACUCUUUCCGAUUCAUGUUGAGUUGGAAGGUGUUGGCCAUUGGAUAUUAGGGAGGUUGUCGUUCGCAACUAGAAAGUUGAUGAUUUAUAACUCCUAUCGAUCGACUGAUUUUGACCAGGUUGUGCUAGAGAGUGUCAAGCGAUAUUCCAUAUUGAUCCCCAUAUUUCUUGCUAUGGUAAAAUUUGUCUCUAGACGUGCUGACAUAAAAAAAAACAUUGGUCCAUACUCGGGAAAGGCAGAGAAUGAUCCUCUUGAUGUCAUUUUCGUGGAAGAUUUGCCCCAACAGCUUUUCUGUGAUUGUGGCGUAUUCGUUGCUUCGUUUACGGAGUAUAUUGUUUCUAAUGAGCCCAUCAAUGCUGCUACGUUUGAUGUUGAUAUCGAGCGGUCAAGAAUAUUCCGGCUAGCCUUCCUCGUGAGACACGACCCGGUGUUCGAAUCUUUAGAUUCUACUCCGGUUAAAAUAUUUACAACAAAUUUGGCGCCGUUGCCGGGGAAGGCAAGAGAUAUGAACUUUAAUCACGUGUACUCCUCCCUGCACUACCCCUCUUGGAGCAAUGAGCCGAGCUAUCCCGCUGAGUACCACACCCAAUCUUAUCCGUACUCUUCCGAGCAGUGCUGGCACCAUUUUUCGGUUGAGCAAACUUAUGAGUCCCACAAGUUUAACAAGAAGCUCGACCAGAUUCUUGAUUUCAUAGAGUCCAAAUCAGCUCGAGAAGAAGAGGCCGCAUACAAUGCCAAACUCGAUCUCAUCUUAGAUCGAUUGAUGGCCCAAGCAAAACAAGAGGAGAAGAUUGAGCUCGGAUGUGCCCGUUUGAGCGAGCAAUUGGAGAGUCUAGCAAGGCGUAUCAACUCUAUAGAGUCCAUGGUUGUGGACCCACGUCCACAGCCCGUACCUUUCUAUGAGCUCGAGGACAACUCUUCGGGAUUCAACGCCAAACUUGAUCUCAUCCUCGAUCGCAUGAUGGCCCAAGCAAACCGGGAAGGGGAGAUUGAGCUCGAGUGUGCUCGAUUGAGCGCUCAAAUGGAAAAUCUGACAGCACGUCUCGACUCUAUCGAGUUAAAAGCUGACAACUCCCAUCUUAUGGUUGGUGCCCAAACGUAUUUUCCGAUGCACAUGUGUGAGACCGAAGAGGAAGAUGAUGCUCUUCAGUGGGACGACGAUGUUUCGGAGGAGGAGAUUCAUGGACUUGAUCAUGUCACCAUCUCUCGAGUUCCUCUUCCUGCCACCGAGAUGGAGCAUUCACCUUCGGAGCCAUCACACUGUGCUACCAAGUGGGCCAGAGUUAGCUCGACUUGCUCCACCGAUUUGCUCGUUAUUCCUGAGAUUGAUGAUAGAGCUCGGGUGGGAAAAGCUCUAUGUCAAUUACCGGGGAUUGCUCGUUCCCGAGACCACUUCCUUCAGAACACAGCCACCCGAAUCCACCAUGCCCACCUUCUUGCCACCCUUCCCAUGCUUCCACUUCUGGAAAAUACGAAGGCGUGGCACGAUCGCCACUUCUUCUUGGACCCUGGCUGA